AUGCAUCGGAGGGAAAGUACCGCCAACGAUGGCGACCAACCGCAUGGCGAUGACUUUCAGCGGAGCGAAGAAGCCGUACGUCCCCGCGACGGCAAUGAGAGGCGGGUCGACCCCUCCACGCCACCGCCAUCCCUUACGUCUCCGCACGAGCAGUCCCGUUCGGAGGAGUACGACGAACAUUACGGCGACCUCAACAUCAGCGAGGACUUCAACCGGAGCGAAGAAGCCGUGGGUAUCCGGGACGGAAAUGUGAGGCGGACCGACCCCUCCACGGUGCCGCCGACGCCGCCUCCGGGAAAUGAGCGUUUGGGUUCCCCAAGCCGAGGUGCUGGUAGCGCCGGAGGUAGUGAAGAAACCGGAGGGCUUCUUGAUGAAGGCGGCGAACAAUCCGGCGAUACGUCUCUGUUAGUCGGCGAACUCCAUUGGUGGACCACCGAUGCCGAUCUAGAGGCGGAGCUCUGCAAGUAUGGGCGUGUGAAGGAAAUAAAAUUCGAUGUGUGGGACAACGGGAAAUCGAAUGGCAUGUGCAUCGUCGAUUUCUACGACCCCAUGGCCGCGGCUGCCUGCAGGGAUGGCAUGAACGGGCACGUUUUUAACAACCGACCGUGCGUCGUUGAGUGGGCGCCGCCGCCUAUAGUUCCCCGGACGUUGGCAUUGCCGGCACAACCACGAGGGAGCGGAGGAGGAGAUGGGUCGAUGCUUCCCUGUCCCCGAGUUGCGGCGGCUCCUCCUCGUCCCGCCGCGGCUCCUCCUCCACCUGCGGCGGCUCCUGUGAACCUGUUACGGCUCCUCCUCCAUCUCCCCCACUUGCGGCUCCUCUUCCUCCUCCUCCUUCUAUGA